AUGACUCUAUUAUCCACACCCACCGAACUCACAACGUAUCCAACGUCGAUUCAUGAUUCGCCCACCUUACUACCCGAAAACCUAGCAAGUUUUGUGACAGCAGCCUCACUUGCAGCACGCCUCUCGUUAAGAUGUUCAUCCGUCUUUGCUGAAGCCCUAUUUGAAGCUGCAAAGUACGGCACGGUGCUGUCGCUUGGGCUAUCGAGACAUGCAUUGACGAAUGCUUUAGCCACUGCUAAGCGUAUCCACACCCUCACAUACGAUAAAUCACCGAGCGAAGUAGAAGAAAGUGGAUUUUUGCGUGUCCUCGAAAAGUAUACCAGCCUCGGCAUUUAUAUUGUUCAUAAUACAUUUACCUUGGCAGAGCUUUUUGCCUUAUCAGGGUUGCAGCUGACAUCCCAAACCGUUAAGUCGGGUCUCAAGACGGCUGAGGAAUCUGUUCGCAUCAUUGAUGGGAUUUUUGGAUCGAAUGAAACGUCAAGGGCGAUUGCAUCGAUUAUCACUUUGGUGCAUCGUGAGCUUACGCAGGAUCCAGAAUUUGAGCUGCUUGCAAAAAGUGGCAAAGUAGCGAUAUUAGCAGGGCUGACAAAAGCCAUGACCGCCUUUGCUGUUCUGCAGUAUGUCACACACAAGCGGAUGAUGAAACAAGUCAAGGUUACCGCAUUGUGGGAUGGUCUCGUGCCCGAUGAUGAGGACGACAAGGACGAUAAAUCAGCGUCUCAGCAGCCCCUGAUACCUUUUCGUGAACCAUCUCCUGAUGUGAUUUACGAGCUUGAAAAGGUGUUGGUGCAUGGGAUGGAUGAUGACAAUGACCAGCAACAAAUAACAACAAGAGGCAGCAAUAAUGAACCAUAUGGGAUGUAUGAAGUUACCACAACCACGCGAUAUACCACUACGACAACCACUCGUAUACAACCAAUCGAUCGAAAUCAACAUGAACAACAUCGACCGAAAGCCAAGUAUGUCAUUGUGCAGGCCGAAGAGGAGCGACAAGAUACGUUCAUGGCCACUGUUGAUGGAUUUCAGCCGACAGCUUCCUCAUCUCAACAACCUUCAUCACAGCAACUUGUUGUUGCACCAUCAUUGUCGAAUUCCGUUUCGGCGGAUACUCAGCUUGCUAAUGAAGAACGUGGUAUCAAAGUGAUGCUAUCAUCCAUAUCACAAAAGUUGACAUCACAGCAAAUUCAAAGGCAUGAGCGAUAUGGCGAACCCUUCUCACCCGAUAUUGAGGACACCAGAUCCAAACGUCGACCUACUUGUUGGAAUAAGCGUACAGUAUCCGACUUGUAUGAACGACAUAGCAGAGCCAAUGGUAUGACCAGCUUUGUAAGACAACGACGAUCAUCCACCAGCAGCGUCGUAUUCCCAUCCAUUACCCCACUUGACAACAAUGAUCCAUCUUCGAUUCCACGCCGACGUAUUUAUCGAUCGCAUUCCAUAUCCAAUACCAUCUCGACUAUUACAACGACUUUGCAUCCUACUACUUCUACUUCUACUACUACUACAACAGCAACUACUAGUAACCCAUCAGCAUCAUCAUCAUCAUCAUCAUCACCACCACCACCUCCACCACCCAACAACUCUGUGAUCCAUUACCCUUCUUCUGAUACCCUUCCACCACCAUCAGCAGCUCUUGAUGCAUCCACCUUUUCACGAUCCCACUUGAUUGCCAAUAUUGGACGAUUCAUGCGAUAUGCGAGUGCAGCGUAUGGCGAGUCGUUUAUGCGGAUCCUUGGCAUCGGCAAUAUACCCAGCGUACUCCCAUCCUCAGCACAUCAUCCACCAAACCAUCAUGUUUUUGCUCAUCAUACAGGCGUUGCUAUCGAAGACAUCUUGCUGUCAAGCUAUACUGAUCGAUCACCGUUACUUACAAUGCAUCACCCAUCGAUCCAUGAACUCGUUCACUACGUUACCGUGGACCAUGCAGCACGCGCUAUCGUUCUCACUUGCCGUGGCACAUUGGGAUUGAGUGAUGUGUUGACUGAUUUGACCUGUGCCUAUGCCGAUGUGACCAUUGCUGGCCAAGAAGAUGAGGAAUUCAAGGCUCAUGGCGGUAUGUGGGAUGCAGCUCAAAUGCUCGCCAAACAAAAAGGACGUGUGUUCCAAGCAAUCCAGGAAGGACUUGCCAUGUAUCCAUCGUAUGGUCUUGUGUUGUGUGGUCAUUCAUUGGGUGGUGGCGUGGCGAGUCUCGUUGGUGUAUUAUGGAGCGAAAAGAAGAAGGAAAAUGGCCAAUUUGUGCUCUCGAAUGCUUCUGGUUUACCAGCUGGAAGACCCAUUCAUUGUUACGUAUUUGGACCGCCAAGCGUCAUGUCACUCGAUUUAAGCAAGUAUUGCAGUGGUCUUGUCACUAGCGUUGUUCAUGGCUAUGACAUCGUUAGCUGCCUCAGUCUUGGUUUGCUCAAGGAUUUCAAAAACGUGGCCGUCAGCCUUCACACGGAGAGCCAUGUUGCUGAUGAGAUCUUGUCACGUAUUGUCAGCAGGUACUGCAAGAAUGGUGAAGCUUCCAAGCAACAAGAAGACAAGGACAAGGAUGACGACGAUUGGUUCUGGGCAUUGAUCAAAACAAUGCGAGCUGACAUGCGAGCUGACAAGUUGUAUCCACCCUCCACCGUGUAUCACAUUGAACUCAUAUCCCAAUUGGCACCUGCCCCUUCCUCACAAAAAAUGCAUCGUGUACGUCUCACUCGCUGCGACGACCUUGAAGCUCGAUUCUCCGAAAUUGUCUUUUCUCGUUCCAUGUUCAUAGACCACGCACCUCCUAUGUAUGAAAAAGCCAUCCGUCAACUCUGUAGAGGAUUCUCUGGGAAGGAUAAGGCUUAUGAAAACUUGUAA